AUGAAUGAAAUUGAAAGCUUUGGGGUAAAUACCCCCUCCAGUGAAGAGUGGUCUAUCAUCUCCUCUUCCGAUAUCGAUGAACGGUCCACUACUUCCUCCACUAAUGGCGAUUUAUCUACUAGAGAGGAUUCUCAUAUUGAUUCCACGGUUGAUUUAAACGCUAAACAAGAUUCAGAUGAUCUGGAUACUAAUACUAAUUAUAUAGAACAAUUGGAUUCAUAUAUCAGAUCAAAAUCAAGUGAUUUCUUUAAUACUUACUUGAGAAGUCAUUUACUUUUUUAUAAAACAAAGAUCAGUACUCUAAACGUACAAAAAAAAAUUGAAGCCUGGCAAAAAAAUCAAAACCAAACUAAUGUUUAUCAAUUUAACGAAAAUGAUUUGGGAUUUUGGGAUUACUAUAUCUAUCAAAGUAUCUUGUUUUUAGAAAAAAAUGAUGAACAGUUAUUCUACUAUAUAAUGGCAUUUUUUCUUUCAAUGACCGUUAUAUUAGUGGAUAUCCAAAGAUGGAAUCGUCCAAGUGUGAAACCCCAGACUUUCAAUGAUAAACUUUAUCAAUUCUGGGACUCUGUUGUUUAUGAAAAGGAAACUUCGUUCUGGUCAAAUUUGGGUUUCCCGCAAAAAAGGAAAAUGAAGUUUAAUAGUCAGUGGAUUCUAACUAAAAAUUACUUGAAAGAUGGUCCGUUUUUUUUACAGCACCAUUUGAACUUGGUUUGGGCAAAGUCGGGGAAUUGGCUAGAUUCUCUCUCCAGUAAACUGGCUGAUUUAUCCAACGAAUACUGGCCAAUUCUCAAGGAUUCUUUCAAAUCCCAUCUGCUCGAGUUAUCGAAACAAUGUCAGGUUUUCUACAAUCUCUCAAAUGAUACUGUUUCUAAAAUGUUAGUUCAACUCAAUCAUUCUUCUCUGACUUUGAAACAUUUUGUUAAAGCUUCUGCAAUUGAAACUGCAAAAAAUUCAAAACUGAUUUGGUGUAUUGGUAAACAUCAUUUCCAAACUGUUAUUUGGCCUGUUGCUAUUGAUUCAAAAUUAAAAUUUAAUCAAUUAUCAAUUAACGUGUAUCGGGAAUUAAAGUCUCUUCAAAAAGAAAUUAUUCAAGCUACUAGUCAAAUUGUCUGUUAA